AUUUUGGGUAGAACACAUCUACUGCAGAUAUUUGCUUAUUAACAACAUUAGACUUUUUGUUCCAAAGCAGCAUUUUUGUUUUGCUUUGCAUUAUAUCUGAGUGAGGGUUGACCUUCCUUCAAAUUGUGUGUAACAUUCUUAGAUUUUUUUUUAUUAUUUGCUGUAUUGAUAUGUAAUAUGCAGUAGAGAUGCACAGUCAAGAGAUUACUAACAUUUUAGAAGCUUUUAACAUCAACAAGGGAAGGAAAAAAUUUACUUACUGGUAUGCAUAUUUCUUGCUUUCAACUAAAUCCACUAAAAUGAACAUUUUAAAAAGCUUCACUUAUGGAUUAGUUAAUAUCUCUUUUGCUAUUAACCUUUUAUUUGAAAUCUCCAGUAACAUAAUUGCAUGUAUAAUAUUUGCUUAUAUAAGAACAUAUGCAUUAUUUAAUGUUAAACACUCAACUUGCUCUCGUUUUUCUGAAAAUAAAGGUAUAAACAACUUCUGUAAUCUGUGCUCUUUUCUGUCUUUCUGCUUGUUAUAUAGCAUUAUUUCACUGUUAAUUUACAGGUGUGGUCAGAAGGGUAAUUUUUUCUCUUUUUUCCUUAUAGAUUAAGGUUGCAUUUCAUUAGUUAAUGAUUUUUUUUAAAAUCUGAUAUGUAUGUUCUGCACGUUUUUUCACACAUUCUAUCUUAAAUUUUUUUAAUGAAAGUCUCAUAGACAGCAUUAAAUGGAUAAAUUUACAUUACGUAUAACAAGGUAUAUAUCGUUUCUAAAUUAAACUGUAUUUGCACAAAACGUUAUUCUAUAUUAAUUACUGGUAAUGGUUUAACAUAAUUAAAUCUGGUCAUGAUGUAAAAAGUAAAAUUCUAGAAGUAAUUUUUAUGUGAACUAUUUUUACUACUAGUACAGAUCUGCAUAAUAAGACUGUGAACAUCAUCAAAUGUUUAGAACUGCACAAAUAUUGACAACAUGUGGCGGCAUAACUAUGUUGUUAUGUUUACACAGUGAUUCACCUUGAUGUUUACUCAUACAGCACACUCACACUCAGUUUAAUAUUUUAUUUGGGUUAUAAUUGAGUUGUGCAUGUAAGCAUUCGUUGCUCUCACACAAAUAAUAAUUGGCGACCCUGGAACCCAAAGAUUUUGAGAUGUAUAAGACACUCCAAUGCAUGUCAUAUUUAUCAGCAAUUAUGUAGUAGACAUUGGUAGUAGUACAUGAUAUUGAAACAGUAAUUUUUCAUUUCAAAGUAAGCUUUCUACAUCUUUUUACAGCCAGUAGGAAGCUUCAUGUAACAUGGGCAGGCUUGGACCAAGAUGAUAAAACGUCUACACCUCAGAAGACGAGACCGCCACCUCUUGCAGCCCCUCAAAUAUCUCUCUCACCCAAGGCCAUGGACAUCUGUGUAUUUCUCCCAGACAUGACUGGGAUACAGAUGACUCUGGAAGAUGGCAAGAAUGCUACAGCUAGUGAAAUAUUUGAACUGGUGAAGGAGGAGCUUGAACUUCCUGCAUCUUCUGCCUCUAUAUUUUCACUGUGGCUGACAUCUCCUUUACUUGAAGUUCAAUUGAAACCUCACCAUAGCCCAUUCAAGUUAACUAUGCAGUGGGAUGAAUUUUUGAGGAAAUAUACAGUGGAAACAGAAGAUGAAAUAUUAAGAGAUGAACCAUCUUUGGUUUUCCAGAGAAGUGUGUACUGUUCCAGGGCAAGAGAGGAGAUGGAGGCAGAUCCCAAAGUGCUCCGCCUGCUCUACCAAGAAGCAGUGCGUAAUGUUGUAGAAGGCAGAUAUCCAUGUGAAGAAGAAGUAUAUCUGAGAUUAGCUGGACUGCAGGCAUUAGAAACAAUGGGAGCGUAUAACCCAGAGACUCACACUGAAGAUAUUUAUGAAAAAGAGCUUCAUCAAUAUUUCCCAGAUUAUGUGAUAGCUCAUGGACAAAAGAAACUGUCCCGGCUGUUCUCAAGCACAAAGCACCCUUUGGUGUACAAGUUAGUGCACAGUCACCAGGAGUUCUCUCAAAAGAAAAGAGAAUCUGUGGACAUCUACAGAGAAUACAUGCAGAUAUGUUGGCAGUUCCCAUUUUAUGGGAGUGCUUAUUUCCAUGGUCAGAUAGAGAAGCCUGCAGGUGUGCUGGCAAAGAUUGGCAUACAGCGCAACCCUGACACUGAAAUUACUGUAGCUGUGAACAGAGAGGGGAUAUUUGUCAUAGAUUCAAGCAAGGCAAGUUUAAUACUUGGUCUACCUUAUGAAGACUUGUCUUGGGAGUAUGCGGAGUCGGGAUCAGCCAAAGACAACCCAAACUGUCAACCAUGUUUGUUCCUGCAGUUUGAGGCCACAGAAAAUAACACGACGGUCACAAAAUUAUUACAAAUCUUCUCUAAGGAGGCCAAACUGAUGGAUGCCCUGAUAGAGACUUGUGUAGCAAUCCUUCAGGAGACAGAAGUUGAACCUGCCAUAUUAAAGGAAGAACAUGCUCAAGCCCAGGCAACUCCAGACAAUGCAGACCUGGACUGUGUAGAUGCACCAUUGCCAAAGGAAAAAAGGGGGCAGCUAUUUAAAAUUCUUCAGUCAGGACAACUUUGUAAUAAGAUGGACAAAUUAUGCCUUGCCACAUUCAGUGUAGAAGGUGAAUGCAUUGAUAAAGGUAAUGUAAGGACGCCCUAGGAACUAGAACCAUGCAGUCACUGGGAGGUUGAAUCAAUUUCUGAAACUUAAAUGACCAAAGAUAAUGCAAAAUUGUAGUUACAAAACCAUGGAUUAUAAAUCCCUGUAAAAAAAGAAAGACGAGUCUUUUGCACUAUUGUAGUAAAAAGAUCAUAGAUUAUGCAGUUGUGUAGAGGAAAAAAUACCUUAGAUUGUGUAAUAUAAUUUGAAAAAAAAA